AUGGCAGUAGGGUUAUCUCUGGAAGUUUAUCCUUUGACCGCUGACGAUGAUAAGCACAGGAGUAUUACAGUAUUUCGUGUUUGGCACAAAUCGAGUGCCAACGUCAAAAUGAGAGCGUACGGAAGCCGGCAGCUCUUCCCAGCAGGUUUGAGCUCUAAUUACGGCGGAGCCCGUGGCUCUAUCCAGUGCGGUCUUUGUUCAAUUCCAGAAUGUGCCUUCAAAUUAAACUUUUCUAGAACAGAGAAAACAAGCGCUAUGCCCUUAACGAGUACUAAUCGUGCCGUAGCCUCCUAG